AUAUUAUCAGUAUUUUUAUUUAAAAUUUGGCGCCAAAAAUUCUAUGCAAGUUACGAAUUAGAUAUAAUCUAGGGACUUUUUCAUAUUGUAAAAAAACUAACCUGUCAUCAUCGCGUAAACUCUGUCUAUUUCAUUUUUUAUUUAUGAGAUUAUACUCUGUGAAGUUUAUAAUGAUCAGGAAAAAAUUUUCAUCUUGUGUUCAUAAUUCAUCUAUGAAAAUUAUAAGUGAAUUUUGUGUGAAUAAAACAUUAUUAUUUUACAAUUUCAGUCGCAGCUAUAAUUAAACUGUUAGUAAUACAGUUGGAUGUUGUGAUUAUUUUUCAAUUAAUAUUCGAUAUUAUGAGAUGACAUAUAAUGUGUCCUUGUAUUCGAGGUUAGAAUAUAUUAUAAAUCUAUAGAAGAUCACUGCUAGUUAAAUAUAAUCGGUGAUCGUAGAAGAAUAUUAUUAAAGAGUGUCAUGGCGUGACACAAUGACAGAACGUGCAUUUUUGACCGACGAAUUCGGUACUAAAUUUAAUAUGUGGGGCGGAUUUCGUUAUAACAGGGGCUUCCUAAUAUUGUUCCUGAUUCAUGUUAUUGCAUUUCAAUGUUUUAUAUAUUAUCAAGAGCGUUAUAAAUGGCAAGAAUUAAGAAACACGCUGGAGUCAAUAAUUGUUGAGCAACGAGAUAUAUAUGGAUUAACAUAUAGUGUAAUUAAGAGGUUAGAGGGACAUAAUAUGCUCAAUGGAGAAAAACAGGAUCUUACAUUACAAAAACAACCUAUUAUUUAUGCCAUUACUCCUACAUUUACCAGACCUGUACAAAAAGCUGAACUAACACGAUUGUCACAGACGUUUUUGCAUAUACCAAAUUUUCAUUGGAUCGUUGUCGAAGAUGCGGAAAGAAAGACCAAUCUCGUUACACGAUUCUUAGAGAAUAGUGGUUUAAUUUAUACGCAUUUAUCUGCAGUAACUCCACCUAAUUAUAAAUUAGGUCGAAACGAUCCGAAUUGGAAAAAACCGCGUGGAGUCGAGCAACGAAAUGCGGCAUUACGAUGGCUUCGAGAAAAUCUUAAACCGACUGAUAAAGGAAGUUAUUUUGCAGAUGAUGACAAUACGUAUUCGAUUAAAUUAUUUCACGAGAUGGAAAAUAAUAAGGUCGGUGUUUGGCCAGUGGGUUUAGUUGGUGGUUUAAUGGUUGAGAAACCGAUAUGUGAUAAUAUGACUAAUACAAUAAUUGGUUUUAAUGCUGCCUGGAAGCCAGAUCGUCCAUUCCCAUUGGAUAUGGCAGGUUUUGCAAUCAAUUUACAGCUUUUAUUAGAAAAUAAAAAUGCUGUUUUUUCGUAUGACGUUCAAGGGGGAUAUCAGGAAAGUGAAAUUUUGUCUCAAAUCAUCACUAGAAAGGAAUUGGAACCAUUAGCAGAUUGUUGUACAAAGGUGUAUGUAUGGCAUACACGAACAGAACCGCCGCAAUUAAAUGUGGAACAAAUGUUAAUAAAAAAAGGUAAACAUUCGAACAUAGGGAUUGAAGUGUGAUAAAAAUAUCAGAUUGUAGUAUAUAUUAAAAGAGCCUAUGCAAGAUUAGAUAAUAUAUUGCAAAAUAUUGCAAAAGUAAAUAUUAUUACGUUCGCUAUGUUAUAAAAAAAAAAUAAUUUUAUAUGCAUUUUUCAUUAACGUUCGGCCACAUAUUUUCAAAGUAAGAAAAAAUGCAGUGCCAUGACAGGUAGAGUAGCUUACAAUUACAUAUUCGAUAAGGAUAUUAUAGAUACCAAUGAAUUUUAGAUAGAAUAUGUUUAUUAAUGCAUGAUAACAUGGUGGCCUGAAUGACAUAUUUUUAAGCUUUAUUUUAAUCUUAUAAAUUGAUCGCUUUUUAUACUUUUAACGCGCCUAUUAAUACGAGUUCCUUUUAUUUUAUACCGCAAAAUACGGUAUAAUUUUUAAAAAUAUAAUGCUCUUAAGAAGAAAUAAUGCUCGAAUGAAUAAAAUUUUUAACGU